CGCUUGAUGGAAUCCCAUUGAAAAUGUUACUUUUAUCUUGUUGAGUACUCGUACUAUUAGUAUUUAUAUAAUGAGCUUGGACUACUUGACUACUACAACAUCAAUGGCUAUUCGAGUGUGUUUAUUGAUUUUGGUUUUGAGCAUAUUGAUCGCAGAAUCGAAGUAUAUGGUUUACGAUACUUCGCAAGGCAUUGUUUCCGGGAAGCUCAAUGUUCAUUUGGUACCUCACUCUCAUGAUGAUGUUGGUUGGUUGAAGACUAUUGAUCAGUACUAUGUGGGUUCCAAUAACACUAUUCAGGGAGCAUGUGUUCAAAAUGUAUUGGAUUCGUUGAUUCCAGCAUUACUGGCAGAUAAAAACCGGAAAUUUAUAUAUGUUGAACAGGCGUUUUUCCAGCGUUGGUGGAGAGACCAGAGCGAGGCAAUGCAGAACACAGUCAAGCAGCUCGUCAGCUUGGGUCAACUCGAGUUCAUAAAUGGGGGCAUGUGCAUGCACGAUGAAGCUACCGCACAUUACAUUGAUAUGAUUGAUCAGACAACACUUGGGCACCGAUUUAUCAAAGAGGAGUUCAAUGUAACUCCAAGAAUUGGUUGGCAAAUUGACCCCUUUGGACAUUCUGCCGUGCAGGCUUAUCUGUUGGGUGCCGAGGUUGGAUUUGACUCCUUCUUCUAUGGGCGAAUUGACUACCAAGACAGAGCUAAGCGGAAAGACAAGAAGAGCCUUGAGGUUGUCUGGCGGGGUUCUAAGAGUUUUGGUUCAUCUGCACAGAUUUUUUCUGGAGCAUUCCCUGAGAAUUAUGAACCUCCAAGUGGUUUUUACUUUGAAGUCAAUGAUGAUAAUGGUGGUUCUCCAGUUGUCCAGGAUAACAUCAACUUGUUUGAUUACAAUGUCCAAGAGCGUGUCAAUGAUUUUGUAGCUGCUGCUUUAUCACAGGCUAAUAUUACACGCACAAAUCAUAUAAUGUGGACGAUGGGGACAGAUUUCAAGUACCAAUAUGCUCAAACAUGGUUCCGAAAUCUGGACAAGCUGGUUCAUUAUGUGAAUCAAGAUGGACGUGUCAAUGCUCUAUAUUCAACCCCAUCUUUAUACACUGAUGCAAAAUAUGCAACAAACGAGUCAUGGCCACUCAAAACUGAUGACUUCUUCCCAUACGCAGACCGUGUUAAUGCUUACUGGACAGGAUAUUUUACAAGUAGGCCUGCCCUAAAAGGCUAUGUGAGAAUGAUAAGUGGAUACUAUCUGGCAGCAAGGCAAUUGGAAUUUUUUAAUGGAAGGGGAAAAACAGGGCCUGUCAUGGACAGUUUACCUGAUGCUUUGGCAGUUGUUCAGCAUCAUGAUGCAGUUAGUGGUACUGAACAGCAGCAUGUGGCUGAUGAUUAUGCAAAAAGGCUGUCAAUAGGCUACAAGGAGUCAGAGGAUUUAGUUGCAGCUUCGCUCGCUUGUAUGGUAGAAUCAACAUCAAAAUCUAGAUGCGUAAGCCCAGUGACCAAGUUUCAACAGUGUCCGCUUCUGAACAUAACUUAUUGUCCUCCAACAGAAGUUGAUCUCUCUCGUGGAAAAAGAUUGGUUGUGGUUGUCUACAAUUCUUUGGGUUGGAAAAGAGAGGAUGUUAUAAGAAUUCCUGUUAUCAAUGAGAAUGUAACCGUUCGGGAUUCCAGUGGAAAAGAAAUUGAAGCACAGAUUUUACCUGUAGCUACUGCCUCUGUAGCCUUAAGAAACUUCUACGCUGCCGCAUAUGUGGGUCAAUCUCCAAGUGCAGGUCCCUUGUAUUGGCUUGCUUUCACAGCAUCUGUUCCACCUCUGGGUUUUGGCACCUACACGGUGUCAAAAGCUAAACUGGCAGAUUCAGCUGCCACUUUAGGGGGACAGAAACUGUACAAUUCUGCCGCAAGUCAAAUUGAUACUAUUGAAGUUGGGCCAGGAAGUUUAAAGCUUUUCUAUUCUAGAAAUGAAGGAAAGCUUAUUCAGUAUAACAAUAGGAGAAGCUUGGUCAAAGCAUCAGUAGAACAAUCAUACAGCAGUUAUUCUGCAGAUGAUGGAAGUGGGGAUCUUCAGGCCUCUGGAGCAUACGUCUUUCGUCCAAAUGGUACUAUACCCAUCCAAAGGAAAGGAAAGAUCCCAUUUAGGGUUCUGGGGGGACCAAUAUAUGAUGAAGUUCAUCAGGAAAUUAAUUCAUGGAUAUAUCAGACCACAAGAGUGUACAAGGCAAAGGAACAUGCCGAAGUUGAGUUUACUGUCGGCCCUAUACCUAUCGAUGAUGGAAUUGGUAAAGAGAUCGUGGCUCAGAUUACAACCACCAUGAAAACCAACAAAACAUUUUUUACUGAUUCUAAUGGACGUGAUUUCCUUGAAAGGAUUCGAGAUUAUAGAGCUGACUGGGACCUUGAAGUGAACCAACCUAUUGCUGGAAAUUAUUACCCCAUCAAUCUUGGAAUGUACAUGAAAGAUGACGCCACUGAGCUCUCAGUCUUGGUGGAUAGAUCUGUCGGGGGAUCCAGCAUUUCUGAUGGGCAAUUGGAGCUGAUGCUCCAUAGGAGAUUGCUUCGUGAUGAUUCCAGAGGAGUUGCAGAGGCACUAAAUGAAACAGUUUGUAUUCAUGAUGAAUGCUACGGAUUAACUAUUCAGGGGAAAUUCUAUUUUAGAAUUGAUCCCCUUGGAGAGGGUGCCAAGUGGCGUCGGUCAUUUGGUCAAGAGAUAUACUCUCCAUUUCUCUUAGCCUUCACUGAGCAGGAUGGAGAUAAAUGGACAAAUUUCCAAGUGCCAACCUUUUCAGGGAUGGCUCCUUCCUACAGUCUACCUAAUAAUACUGCGAUGAUAACCCUCCAGGAGCUUGAAGAUGGAAAAGUUCUUCUUCGGUUUGCGCACUUAUAUGAGAUUGGGGAGGACAAAGAUCUCUCGGUUAUGGCAAGCGUAGAAUUAAAAAACCUGUUCCCAUAUAAGAAGAUAAACAAAGUCAUGGAAAUGAGCUUAUCUGCAAACCAAGGAAGAGAAGAAAUGGAGAAAAAAAGGUUGGUUUGGAAGGUUGAAGGCUCUCAUAAUGAAGAAGCCAAUGUGUUAAGAGGAGGCCCGGUCGAUCCUAUAAAACUGGUGGUUGAACUUGCUCCAAUGGAAAUUCGCACCUUCAUUAUUGAGCUCAGUGACAAAUCGGCUACUACAAGGUAA